AUGCUUAGUGGGAUUGAAGCCAUAGAAGGCACUGGACAUACACAACGAAUCAACCAUGCUAGAGUGCCUGACAUUUUAGAACAAUUGGCUGCAGACUUGGAAACGCUUCACAAGGAUGAAAUAAUCGAUAUAAUGGCUCAAGCAGAUCCUUUAGCCAACUUUUCUCUGGAACUUAGCUUACUUGAUUAUAUUGAGCUCAAUGGAUUUCUUAGCUCAUUGUUAGUAAGAGAGCCUACCCAAAUGCUGCCUAUUCUCGAUCGAUCACUUAUACUGGCACAACAGCAUAUCAAAUCCACCAGCCAGAUUGCUCAGCACUUGUCAAUAAAACGCAACUGCCACGUUCGUAUUACUCGUCCCAAUGACUGUGAGGAAAUUGUGCGAUCUAGAGUGCCUCGAUGUGCUGAUGUGGGCCGAUUGGUCUUUUUCAAAGGCACUGUAAUUCGUACAGGCAUGGUCAAGAUGCUUGAAACAUGCAAAACAUGGACUUGUAUGAAUGGAUGUGGCAAAACUUUUUUGGUCAAAUAUGAUCGUGAGCAGCAUAAUGCAAUACCCAAACCUACUAGAUGUUUUGCUCUAUCAAACACCACUGAAAAAUGUCAAGAUGAUCUUUCAAAUAUAUGCAAAGACUAUCAGGAGAUCAAGGUGCAGGAACAAGUCACUAAACUUGCCAUGGGUACAAUCCCUAGAUCCAUUGCGGUCAUUCUUGAAGAUGAUCUUGUGGAUGAAUGUAAAGCUGGCGAUGAUAUAUGGGUUACAGGAACAGUGAUUCGUAGAUGGGCAUCUUUAUCUCCGAAUGAGCGCUGCGACAUUGAAAUUGCAAUGCAUGCCAAUAACAUUCGCCUCAACAACCAAACUUUUACAAAUGCGCUACUGACUGACGAAACCAAGAUGUGGUUUGAAAAGUUUUGGGAUAAAUACAAAGAGUCUCCACUUACAGGCAGAAACCUAAUUAUCCAAAGCUUUUGUCCCAAAGUAUUUGGACUAUACGUAGUAAAAGUUGCUGUAAUGCUAUUGCUUGUUGGUGGAGUGCCAAAAUAUGAAAAUGGACUUAAAAUCCGCGGCGACUCGCACAUUCUGCUCGUUGGAGAUCCAGGUACAGGAAAAUCACAGUUUCUUCGAUAUGCGGCCCAGUUAAGCCCACGAUCUGUAUUCACCACUGGUAUUGGAUCAACUAGUGCUGGCCUAACUGUAUCUGCGAAUCGUGAUUCAGGAGAAUGGCAGCUUGAGGCUGGCGCAUUAGUGCUUGCUGAUCGUGGCCUAUGUUGUAUUGACGAAUUUGGUGGUAUUCGUGAAAACGACAAGGCCGCAAUCCAUGAGGCCAUGGAACAACAGACUAUUAGCGUAGCCAAGGCUGGUCUUGUAUGCAAACUUAAUACUCGAUGCUCGAUAUUGGCUAGCACAAAUCCAAAGGGAAAAUACGAUCCAAAACAAGGAGUCGAAGUCAAUAUUGCAUUAGCAAGCCCUCUUCUUUCCCGAUUUGAUCUUAUUCUUCUUCUUCUCGACACACAAAAUCCCGAAUGGGACAAAGUAGUAUCUUCGUUUAUCCUUGAUACUGAAAUAUCAGGUAAACCUCCAGUAGAAGCUGUUGGGGAUUUAUGGGACCACGAAUGCCUUCAAUCUUAUAUAUGCUACAUCAAAGAAACAUACAUGCCAAAACUCACUCCAGAAGCAAACGAUGUAUUAAAAAAGUACUAUCAGUUGCAAAGAGGAGGGGAUUUGCAGAAUUCAGCGAGAACGACCAUUCGACUGCUUGAAAGCUUAAUUCGAUUAGCUCAGGCACAUGCUAGAUUAAUGUGCCGGCACGAUGUUAGGGUCAUGGAUGCUAUUAUAGCUGUAAGCAUUGUCGAGGCCUCAAUACAUUCCAUGGCACUACUUGGAUCUACUUCGACACUCCACGCUCCAUUUCCAACUGACCCAGAACAAGAUUAUGCUAGAAUAGAGGGUAUUAUUAUGGAUCGAUUGGGACUUGCUAGGUCACCAACAUACUCGCCCACACCCAAUCUGCCAAGUUCACAAUCACCCAUAUCGCCCUAA